AUGUCCACAGGUUGGGGAUGGAUGACUACCUGGUGGGGCGCUGGCUUGGCCAUAGUGACACUACUCCUCGCCACGUCCUUCCAUCGCGUUACUGGCAAGAUCUGUCGACCCCGCGAUAAGAAUCGCUCCGGGACGCUGGAAAUUCUCUCUGGCAAAGAUGAUGCCAAAUUUGAGAUCAUCGCCGUUCCUGGCCUUGGUGCACAUCCGUAUCACACAUGGGAGGCUCGGAAAACCCAAGCACCCGACGCAGCUGAAUGUAAAACCGCACAGUCCUCGAAGAUUCACCUAUUGAAAGACCUCCUCGCGCAUGAUUUUCCUGACGCCCGGAUCUGGAAUUUUGCCCAUGAAUCCAACUGGCUGAUUGACGCCCCUGUCAAGACCACCGAGGAGAUUGGCAAAUGCCUGCUAAAGGAGAUCAGAGACAAGCGAUCAUCCCCGCACCUCCCUAUCAUCUUCAUUGGCCACAGCCUAGGUGGUAUCAUUAUCAAGCAGGCUCUGUGCACGAGUGACUCCCAAGACAUCAUUGAUGAUACCGCGGGUAUCAUAUUCCUCGGAGCGCCGCACCAAGGCUCAUCAGCGUCUAUUGCUGGCGCUGCGCUGGCUGCUCUGACCGGUUUCCUGGGAUCAGACACGACACUGCUCCUGUCUCUGAAGAAUCAUGGGGCGCAGCUCAGCAACCUUGCGGAUGCAUUCGACUCUCGUAUAGCUCCAAACGGACGAUGGCAGCAGAGGGUUCGGAUCACAUCGUUCUACGAGACUAAGAAGACGUAUUUACUCGGGCUAUCGCUAGGCGUUGUGGUUCCACGGGAUUCUGCCAAGGUUCACGCCGAUGCUCGCGAGAGCCACAGCAUCGAAACGGAUCAUUCUGGGCUCAACAAGUGCGGCGGACCAACUGACGCGCUGUUCGCGGCGCUGACAGCGGCGAUACGACGCCUGAAGACCCCAUCGCUGCUCGAGCAAGCCGACACAUGGAUACGCGACAAACACUACACGGCGGACAGGCUCAGAAUCGAACGGCUCUCUGGCGAGUCACUGCCGAUGGAUCAGUGCUACAUUAACCUAGCCAUCGUGGAACGAUCCGGCCAAGACACAGGCCACCCAAAGAAGGGGGGCACAGCGCCAUCCCCAUUUUCCGUCCUCGCUCGGCAGAGGGUUGAGGCACCCGACAAGACUAUGCAGGUCGAGUUGGCGGCACUUUUCAACGAACGCAAGGGAAGCGACGGCGGACCGGUUCUCCCACGACGAAUUUUGAUUCGAGGGCGUGCGGGUGUUGGCAAGACUACUUUGUGUAAAAAGAUUGUCUACGAAUUUCACAAAGGCACGUGGGAUAAAUGGAACGAAUUAUUCGACCGUGUGCUCUGGGUACCUCUGCGAAAUCUGAAGCUACCGGAAAGACGCAUUAAACCCAAGUAUACCCUUGAACAUCUCUUCCGUCAUGAGUUCUUGCUGCCUAAGAAUGAACCAAAUCUUGCUGGAGCGUUGUUCCGCGCAUUAGGAAUCAAGAGCAGCAAUACGUUAUUUCUCCUUGACGGCCUGGACGAAGUAUCGCAGGACCUCACAGGCAACGGCAGUAUGCCCCGCUUCCUCGACGAGCUUUUAAGCCAACCUAAUGUCAUCAUCACGUCCCGACCAUCCGCCAAGCCUGUGCGGCAGAACGUGCACCUCGAGUUGGAAACAAUUGGUUUCGGGCCUGAUCAGGUGGACGAAUAUAUCGAAAGAUCGUUCACUAACCCAAAAAUGGUCAAGACUGAUCAGACCAAGGUCGACAAGGUCCAGUCGUUCCUUCAAAAGCAUUGGCUCGUCCAAGGUCUUGUGCGCAUCCCAAUUCAAUUGGACGCGCUUUGUUACACUUGGGAAGAAUUCGAUCCGAAAGCUGUGCCAAACACCAUGACCGGCAUGUAUAACACUAUCGUGCAAAAGUUAUGGAAGAAGGAUAUUGUACGAUUGGAAAAGGCCAAGGAGGGAUAUGCUGAAGUUGCUCAUACAGCUGAGAUUGAGAAUAAAAUCACAGCUGAGAUUGCGCUAGUUGAAUGCCUUGCAUUUAACGGGUUACACCAUGACAUAAUUGAUUUCACGCCAGAACAUCGAGAUGGUGUGGUCAAAUUGUGCCCACUGCAAGAUUUGCCACUCGAUGAGACACUCUCGCGACUAUCUUUCUUACGAACCUCAGACACAGCUUCAACCAUCAAGGACAGAAACUACCACUUUAUACACUUGACAUUUCAAGAGUACUUUGCGGCACAGUAUUUUGUACGCCAGUGGAAAGAUCCGGAGGGACAACUCUCGUUUCUUACACUCAGCAAUACUAACACUGGGACAAAAGCGAGCCACCCCGUAGAGUUUCUUCGAAAACACAAAUACACAACUCGCUACGACAUCUUUUGGCGUUUUGUUGCCGGCUUGCUGGACGGAAGUGCUCAGGCACCAGAUUUCAUCGAUACAAUUGAGGAGGAACCGCUCGACAUCUUGGGCCCGACACAUCAGCGACUGGUCAUGCAUUGCUUGAGCGAAAUGUCGAGCAACUUGGCAACGCGGCAGGCCCUAGAAGAACGGCUGGCCCGGUGGCUGCUGUUUGAAUGCAAAUUCAACGAAAGCGCGUGGCUAGCGAGUGAAGCUGAGUUUCCCGAGGCAGCCCUGAGGUCAGCCCUACUCCACGAGUCUAGCGAUGUGGCGGCACUGCUCGGCGACAAGAACAGUAACGUGCGAAUGGCCGCCAUCGAGACCCUAGGCGGGCGCGCAAUACUGCCUGAUGGGAUGCUCACGGCAGUAGCGGCGCGGCUCGAAGACGAAGACAGUAAUGUGCGAAGGGCUGCCGUCAAGGCUCUAGGCAGGCGCGUAAUGCUGCCUGAUGUGAUACUCACGGCGGUGGUGGUGCGGCUCGAAGACGAAUACGGUAUCGUGCGAAGGGCUGCCGUCGAGGCCCUAGACGGGCAUGCAACGCUGUUUGAUGGGAUGCUCACGGCAGUGGCGGCUCGGCUUGAGGAUGAGGACAGGUACGUGCGGAUAGCCGCCGUCGAGACUCUACGCAAGCGUGCAACGCUACUUGACUGGGUGGCCACGGCAAUGGCGGCGCGGCUCGAGGACGAAGACAUGUACGUGCGAAGCGCUGCCGUCGAGGCCCUAGGCGAGCGUGUAACGCUACCUGACGAGGUGCUCAUGGUUGUGGCGGCUCGGCUUGAGGACGAGGACGGGUACGUGCGAAGCGCUGCCGCCAAGGUCUUAAUACACAGGCAUGAAAAUCUCUCUCGUACCCAUCUGAAAGGAUCUCUUGUCGCAUCUCUCUACACGACUUUACUAGAGAUGAGUUUCAAGGAGCAAUUAAGUUGGUAUAUUGAAAAAGACAAGUUCUCUGUCAAUGUGCCGGACAGCAUCACAGAGUUAUCCAUUGAUCUUCAACAGAACGAGGUUAUAGAACGGAUUAACGGAGCGCGGCCAGCAGACUGUCCAUCAACUAAUGGCGGGAAGAGCUCAUCGAACAACUAG